UAUUGUUGCCUUGUUGAUCUUCUUCCUCCCCUCGGGUUUCUAAUUUUUGAGGUUUUUCCUCUUUCCAAUCUUCCCGAUCCCUAGGGCUAGAAUUGUCGCUAACCCUCUUACCUUAAAUUCUGCCGGAAGGGAUGAGCUUCCAGGAUGUUGAAUCGGGCGGGCCGAUUCUGUGGAGGAGAGACGCGGCGGCGAACACAAUGCAAGAGCCCACGCAGGCGGUGGCUGCCGGCGUCUUCCAGAUCAAUACGGCUGUCUCCACUUUCCAGCGACUUGUCAACACUCUGGGAACGCCCAAGGAUACCCUUGAGCUCCGAGAACGGCUGCACAAAACAAGACUACACAUUGGGCAGCUUGUGAAAGAUACUUCAGCUAAACUUAAGCAAGCUAGUGAAACAGAUCAUCACACUCCAGUCAGUGCUAGCAAGAAAAUUGCUGAUGCUAAGCUUGCAAAGGAUUUCCAAGCAGUUCUCAAGGAGUUUCAAAAGGCACAAAGACUUGCAGUUGAGAGAGAAACUGCAUAUGCACCCUUUGUUCUCCAAACAACUCUUCCGUCAAGCUAUAGUGCAAGUGAGGUCCAUGAUGGAAUUGAGAAAACACCUGAUCAGCGUUCAAUGCUUACGGAGGCGAGAAGGUAGCAAUAUUCUACGUAAAAAUUCCUUUUGAAGUUGCAUUUAUCUUAUUAUCAUUUCCUUUAGAACUUCUACGCUAGCA